AUGACGGAACCGCACGCGCGCGUGACGUUUCGACGGAACCAGGAGGCGGGCGUGCGGAUCGAGCGCGUUCGGGCGAGUUGGAAAGACGUGGAGAAAGUUUGGAAGCCGUGGAGGCGCGCGAGGCGACUCUGGCGGCGAGGGAGGAACUUCGCGUGGUCGAUAUGGUCGAGCGACGACGCGUCGCUGCGGAUGCGGGAACGACCGCGCGUGCUCGUUCGCGUUCGAGCGGCCGGGGUGAAUCCGGUUGACACCAAGUGGUUGUACGGUGACAAGGUGUGCGCGUGGAUGACGGGUCUCGUGCGAAGCGCGGUGGAAGGCGCUGGCGUUGGAUUCGAUUUCUCUGGCGUCGUCGAGCGCGCGGACGAGGGAAGUGGGUUCGAGAUCGGUGAUGAAGUCUUCGGACUCGUUCCCUCGGACAUGAUCGCGCUGAAGUCGAACAAGAUGACGUUCCGCCAAGCCGCGUCCAUCGGCCUUUGCGGUGUCUCCGUCACUCAGGCGCUCGACCAAUUCAAAAGUAAAUUCGCGCCAUCACCUGCGCUUGUCAUCGGCGCUUCGGGUGGUUUGGGUCACAUGGCAUGUCAGAUUUGUGCGGCCGAGGGUGCUCGUGUCGUUGGCGUGUGCUCUCGCGCGAACCUCGAGUACGUGCGAUCUCUCGGCGUCGAAGCCGCUUUUCCGUACGACGACGACGCAGAAACCCUGGAACAACAUCUUGAACGUGCCGGUUACGCCGGCACGUUCAGGAUCAUCAUCGAUACCGUCACGUCGAACGCCAAAGAGGACGCGCGAUUCGAUUACGAAUCGCGAUUACGGCCUUUCGCAACCAAAGACGCCAGUUACGUCAAAUUCGGUGGCACUCCGGGGCGUUGGGCUAUGGCGCACAUAAUCCGACUCGGUGUACCACUGCGCGGCGUUGGCGCUCCGUUUUGGAUCUACUUUUACCAGUGCGAUCGCCAACUGCGAUAUCUCGCAGACGCGUUUGAUCGCGGCGAUUUCGUUCCGACGGUUGCCGAUUCGUUUCCAUUCACCGACGCUGGCGUUCGAGAUGCCUUCGCUCUCGUCCGCUCUCGACACGCCGUCGGUAAGGUUGUCAUCGACGUCGAUGUCGAUCAUACCGACACACGAACCGCCGCUUCAGAGAUCGCGCCGCCGAACGGCGUCGCGCGCCGCGCGUGA